CGCCAUCCGACACCGACACCGCCAUCAUCGCCAUCAUCGCCAUUACCAUCGGCAUCGGCAUCAUCAUCGCUUCCAUCGUUUCACCGAGAGCAUUUGCACUGAACUACAGAUGGCCCAGCCUACGUCCUCCAAAGACGCCUGCCCAAUCUGCCUCGAAGAUCUCGAGUCCAGAGGCGGCCUGCCCAUCAUCAACCCCGGCUGCGGUCAUUCGUUGCAUCUGGAUUGCUUUCGGCGAGCAUAUACAAGAGUCCCCAACCCCACCUGCAGCAUAUGCCGCUCCGAGCUUCCCUUCGCCACCGCCCUUCUCGGCAACGCCAACCCAAGCAAGCGUUUCAGCAUCAACAGCUAUGGCGGUAGCCGGCCCACGCCAGCCGAAGACAUACCGCUAGAGGAGGAGCGUAUCGAGCCAUCUCCUGUCCCGACGGCUGCGUCCUCGUCGGCGGCUGUCGUCGGACCACCGAGUUUGAGAAUUGUGCCAGAGUACAGCAUCCUUCCGGUGUCCGCGCCAGCGCCGCUCGAUCUGUAUGCGGUUGCUACUCUUCGAUCGCCAGAGCAUCGGUCGACCGCCAGCCUUGACGUUGUAAUCGUUGUCGACGUUUCCGGAUCGAUGGAGGGCGAGAAGAUGGAGACGGUUUGCCGGACGGUCAAGUACAUCUUCAACACGCUCCGGCCGCAGGACCGCAUUGCGCUCGUCAAGUUCAAUACCCAAGGCCAGAAAGUAACCAGCUUGAUCUUCUGCUCACCCACCAAUCGCCUGCGGUUCUUCCGGGCCGUCGACUCGCUGCAGGCUCGCGGAGGGACCUACCUUGGCUCGGGCCUCAAUGCGGCCCUGGAUUUGCUCGAGCAGCGCCAGAGCCGAAACCCUGUGUCGGCCAUCAUGCUGCUUUCGGACGGCGAGGACAACCGUGAAAACCUCGAGGCCUACACCCAGCUAACGGCGCGAUUCCAAACCAACCCGGCGCCCGUGUACUCGUUUGGAUAUGGCGCCGAUCACGACGUCGACAAGAUGACAUCUCUGGCAGUCGGAGGCGCAUAUGCGUUUGUGCAGAAUGUCGAUACCAUUCAGGAUGCCUUUGCUGGCUGUCUUGGAGCCAUGCGAUCGGUCGCUCUCCAGGAUAUCUCCGUGCAGUUUCGGUCCGUCGAUCCCCGCAUUAAGCUCAAGACCCUUCACAGUGCAUCCAAAAUCGAGCCAAUCGACCCAGCCACUGGCGUUGUUACCUUUGCCAAUCUCCUGGAUGGCGAGUCCCGCGACAUCCUGGUCCAGCUCGAAUACCAGUCCGCCCCGUCAUCCGAGUCUAGCCCAGCUUCCGUCCCUGGAGAAAUCACCGUCCUGUCGUCCAGCUGCUCGUAUACCGAAGUGGAAACCCAGCGCGCUGUCCAAGAAGCAGCAUGCGCUGAAGGCAAAGUGACCAUCGAGCCCAUCGUCGAGUUCCCGCCUCCGCACGAACACGCAAGCGUCGUGGUGACCAAGAAGCGGUCCGAGAUCAUGGUCACCGAAGCUCUUGCGCAAGCUGUUCCGCUGGCCGCAACAAACCAGCACCAAGUAGCGCGAUCCUUGCUAUCCGAGAGUCGCCGAGUGCUCAUUCAGAUGAUCAUCAAAGCUUACGUGCUUCCGGCGGAGCUUGCUUCGCUCUUCCCUGUCCCGGAGAGAACAAAUGUGGCCGAGUACCACACCAUCCCUUGCCCGGAUGAGUUUACCAAUGGCGACUGGCUCUUCUGGCUUGGCUUGCUGGCCGACAUUGACAGCAGCAUCCGCAAAAUGGAUGCUUCUCGAUGGUCCAAUGCAGCGAUAUCGAGAAUCGGUAACGUUGUUCACCAGCGACGCACACAGCGCAGCAUCUUCAUUGAUCACUUUAGCCACGAUGUGACGCCCAUCCAGAUCAUGGACAACAUGAGCAGACAGACGCCUAUGAGCCUCACCAUGCAGGACCUGAGCGCCAGGGACCGUGAGCAGACCGCUCGGUCUACCGUCGACCCCGAACCCGAGCGACCCCAACCCGGCCACAUCCGCAAGCUGGCCAGGCGCCAUACCCUCCAGGUCGACAGACGGCCACCGAGCGACAGCCAUGUGGCACCGGAGACUACAUCGGCCCAGACGACCCACCUGCCUGAUAUCGAAGAGCCAUCGUCCAGCAUGUCGGCUUGGUUGCCGGCCCCCGAGCCAUUCCAUGUCGCUGCUGAGCCGACAGCGUUACCUUCACCGGCGCCCGGCCUCCCAACAAUGAGCGAGGAGCCUUUGAGCAUCGUCGGCACCAGCGGCGUUACUGCAGAUCCGAGUCAAUCCGCACAAGCAGCGCCAUCUGAAGACGAGCCCACACAAACCGAAGUGCACCAGUGAAGAUCCAAAGAUCCAAAGAUCCAAAGAGUAGCGGGCUGCCGGCUGAGUGAUGCCGCUUGCCAAUCUCGAUGACUUAACGAUCCUCUCCUCCCUCUGGAUACCAUGUUCGACUCGCCUUUCAGCGUCAGCUCGCCCCAGCUGCGAUCGUGUCAAUAUCAGAUGUAUCUACUUAUCGACGCAGUGUCGAGUGGGUUUGAUGUCCA